AUGGAGAAGUUCUCGCAGUUUCGCGAUCGCGGCUCGGGCAUCGCGCCCUUUCUCCCUAUCCCCUCAGAGCCCCUCGGCUGGCAGGCUCCCCUCCGCUUCUUCCUUUUCUGCUUCAGAUUACCACUGUUCCUGUUUAUUACGUUGACCUACUUCCUGAUCCUCCAAUGGCUACCGAUCGGGUCCCUGGGCAAGAAAGCUGCGCUGUGGUGCAUCCUCGGUGUUCCCAGUAUAUGGUGGAUUGACCUACAAGUGGACGGUGUGCGAAAAGGCUCCCUUUCCAAACACCAGCAAGCUCGCCUCCCUCAACCGGGCUCGGUUAUCGCGUCAUCAUUUACCUCCCCCAUCGAUGCAGUCUACCUGGCCGCAAUCUUCGACCCGAUCUUUACAGCAUCCUAUCCGAACACGAAGCGGGUUGAGCGCAUCUCUCUCCUUCAAGCUAUUCUGCGCGCCUUCGCACAACCUUCCGUUCUUCCUGAACCCGGUACCCAACUGGUGGAUGUUGCGACCCUCGUCUCCAAAUACCCAAACCGCCCAAUUGUGAUCUUCCCUGAGUGCACCACCACCAACAGUCGCGGCAUCUUGCCUCUCAGUCACUCUCUCCUCGGCGUACACUCCAAGACCAAGAUAUUCCCCGUCAGCCUGCGGUACACUCCUGUGGAUGUUGUCACUCCAAUCCCAGGCAGCUACAUCAGCUUCCUCUGGACCCUGCUGAGCAAGCCUACGCAUUGUAUCCGUGUCCGCAUUGCCGAGUGUGUCCAGCGCGGCGCUAAUGCCUUGGACACACCACCCGCACGAUCCACGCGCCAGACGACCUACAAUACAAACUACCUUGAUACCCUAGACCAGGAGAUCGAUGGAGAUAUUACGAGCGCUGAAAAGGCAUUGCUCGACCAGGUAGGCGAUUCUCUGGCUCGGCUGGGACGAGUGAAGAGAGUGGGACUGGGAGUCAAGGAGAAGGUAGACUUUGUCCGAAUGUGGAGCAAGAUGAGGAAGACUUGGUGA